AUGAUAUCAGUAGCAUUUCAUGGAACAAGAGCAUAUCUUAUAGACAAAAGUCUUAUACCAAUAGUUUUGUUAUGGUUAGACCUAGUUGUUGGAUAUAACUUCAUAACAUAUGGUUCAUUCGAUACGGAACGUUGCAGUGAAGGCUUACUUUACAUCGUUCAGAAACCGAAGGACUUCAAUACAAAGAGAUAUAAGAUAGGAAGAACAUAUAAUAUAACUCAAAGAUAUGACAGUACAGUCAAUAGAGUCAAGGUUGUGUUCGUUAAUGAUAUGAGAGCUGCUGAAACAGAACUGCUUGAAGUUUUUGAGAAAAUGUAUGGUGCUCCCACGAAAGGUAAAGAAACGUUUGAAGUAGAUAAGAUAGAUAAAGCUAUAAAAUUAUUUGACGAAGUUGCUGAAAAAUACAUGUAA